CCAGAGUUUACGGUAAUCCGCUCCGUCACCACACCGUCCCAUCAGCUGUGCGGAAGUGAAUUCAGCGUCGGGCGGCCGGAGUUAUACAUAACUGAUGCAUAAAACGCCAAAAUAGACUCUGGUGUUCGGUUCAGCUUCAAAGAAAUUACAAUGAGGUGCGAUUCUUUUCCAAAACAGCUGGCCUCCAUUAUGGAGGUAUUAGCGAAAGCGGCGGUGGCAGAAAUCAGCAAGCUGGUGGACGGCAGCUGCGCGGUGCUGCGAUUGGAAAUGUACCGAUACCAGAAGGAGAACGAAGCGCUGAAGACCAAACUGAAGCUGAUGGAGCGCGAGCUGCGGGCCGCGAGACGACCCAGGGUGACACCUGGGGGCCUCGAGCUGAGUUCAGGGGAGGAAUGUACGUCCCCUGUAGAGAGAGAGUUUGAGCAGGAGUGGAGCUUUGGUGUGUGGAGAGAUGGAGAGUCCACCGCUGUGGAAGAGGAGAGCACUCCUCUGCAGUCCGUCAUGAGGGAGGAGUCUGCAGACACAGAGGAGAACACGCCUGAAUCACUACUUAUCAAGGAGGAGAGACUGGAAGACAACUUGUGGAGCAGGGACCCACAGCCCACACCUGCUGAGGAGCAAGUAGCACAGCCCACACCCGCAGAACACCCAAAAAAGCAUGUAACCCAGCCCACACCUGCAGAAGAACAGGUGACACAGCCCACACCUGCAGAAGAUCCAGAGGAGGAAGACCUCAGUGGACUGGAGUUUGUGGUGAAGGCGGAGCAAGAGGAAGAGCAUGUAGCCCAGAGACUCAGUCAGACAGGAUGUGAACACAGUGUAGGAAGACUGAACAAUCUGGACUCUGAGUAUGUAACGUACGAGAGAGACGGUCAGCUGUGGACUUCCUUCACACCAGGCGACAGUGACAUAGAGACUGAUGAUCCAGUUUGUGAUAAUGCUACAGAGCAAUACUCACAGAGUCUGCCGGUUCACACAGAGCUUCAGCAUGCCCCUGCUGCAGAUGCAGCUUCUGCUAACAGUCUCUGCUCUUUAGAAUCUCUUGCUGCCCAACCACAAGUCACUCUGUUGAGUUCAGCACCCAGAAAUGAGGAGGUAGAGACACGGUAUCUGCAGAGUGAAGAAACAGGAUCACUGAUUAGUGAAAUACAACAGGGUCAAACCAGAGAGAGACGUCUGCCCUCAGUGAAGAGAGAGAGUCAGACAUUACAGGCCAGGCAGCAGCUACACGGACCCUCAGCAAAACUAAUGAGAGUCAGGGAGAGUGCAGCUGAGCUGAGCUCAGACGCUCAGUAUGAGGGUGGAUAUACUCUGAGCAGCAGCACAGUAAACGCAGUAAGGAAGAUAAGUCAUUGGAGAGCUGGCAUCAGAGAGAAAAAGUUCAGCUGUAUGCAUUGUGGGAAGAGUUUUGAUCGCUGUAGUCACCUUAAAUUACACCAGCGAAGUCACACAGGAGAGAAACCAUACAGCUGUAUACAGUGUGGGAAGCGUUUCAGUCUCAGAUGUAACCUUAUAACACAUCAGCGAAUUCACACUGGAGAGAAACCAUUCAUUUGUGUACACUGUGGGAUGAGUUUUGCCCAGAAAUCUAGUCUUAAAACACACCAGCGAAUUCAUACAGGAGAGAAACCAUUCGUGUGCACUCAGUGUGGGAAGCGUUUUGCUCAGUCGAGCAGUCUCAAAACACACCUGAGAGUUCACAGCAGAAAGUAAACUGACAUUGGGGUGAGGUCAGUCUGUGGUCUGCAUCUUUCGGAUGUUAUUGGCUUGUGAGUGUUUUUCUGUUUCAGUAUCAUUUUGACAGGUCUGAGUUUGCGCAGGAAAAGGAUUAAAGUAAGUGCUUUAGUCUCUGUCUUCUGACAGUGGUGGUAUUAUGCAUUUCCAGACUACAGGUUAGCUCCAGAACUGAGAGAAACUGUUGGCUGGUUUUCACUCUU